UCCCUGUUUUCAACCCUAAAACCCCUCUGUUCCGCCAAAACCAUUUUCAUCUUCAUCUUCAUCUUCAUCUUCAUCUUCAUCUUCUUUCCUUCAGUCGACAUGUAUAUUUAGACGUGCGUGACUUAGUGGAACUCUUUCUUUCUGUAUAGUUUGAAUUGGGAGUGAGAUGCACCAUAGUGAUGCAGAAACUGCUGCGCAGAACCCCCGUUACCCCGCCUAUUUUAUUGGUUAAUACUCCCCUCUCUCUACCCGUCUCCAACGCUGCCUUUCUUUCUAUAGGCUUUUCCGGCGGCCCCCCCAAAAUGUUUUCUUCCGCCCACUCUCUCCACCAUCCUCAUCCCUUGAACCAUCCAAGAAAAUCCCUUUCACCCCCCACGCCUCAGGGCCUUCUUUUCAAGAGUUCCUCUCCCUGCACUUGUUCUUUUGAGAACAGCAGCAGCAAUACGGUGCCGUUGAGGGCCUGGGUGGUAUCCAAAGACACUAAUAAAUAUGCUACUCUCGGUGUUGGUGUUGGGUCCCACAGAGCGGCAUGGUUCACUACACUUGCUGGUAAUUCGAGUAAAUGUUGUGAACUUCCUGCGUCAGAGGAGGGAGAGAAUGACGUCGAAAAUGUGAAAGGGGCGGAGGAUAGGAGAGUGCAAAGGAGGCAGAGGAGUGGUGGAGCUGCCACUUUGUUGGUGGGGAGCCCGGAUUUACUCACCGUUCCAGGAGUGGGUCCCAAGAAUUUAAGGAAGCUGGUGGAGAAAGGGUUUGAGGAAGUAGCCCAGCUCAAACAGCUCUAUAAAGAUAAGUUUUUCGGUAAAUCAAGUCAGAAGAUGGUGGAGUUCUUACAGAGUUCAGUGGGGAUCAUACACAAGAACCAUGCUGAGAGUAUAACUACAUUUAUAAAGGAGAGUGUUGAUGAAGAGCUGAAGGAAAACAGUGUAAAACCUGCUCAAAAGAAGAGAAUAACUUUAUGUGUUGAAGGCAAUAUCAGUGUGGGAAAGUCUACGUUCCUGCAGAGAAUAGCUAAUGAAACAAUUGAGCUUAGAGACCUUGUGGAGAUUGUUCCUGAACCAGUUGACAAGUGGCAGAAUGUGGGUCCAGACCACUUUAACAUAUUAGAUGCAUUUUAUGCGGAGCCAGAGAGAUACGCAUAUACCUUCCAAAACUAUGUAUUUGUUACAAGAGUUAUGCAGGAGAGGGAGUCAUCUGCCGGCAUUAAGCCCCUCAGACUAAUGGAACGGAGUGUCUUCAGUGAUAGAAUGGUUUUUGUGAGAGCUGUUCAUGAGGCAAAAUGGAUGAAUGAGAUGGAAAUUAGCAUUUAUGACUCAUGGUUCGAUCCGGUUAUUUCAAGCUUGCCUGGUCUUAUUCCCGACGGUUUUAUCUAUUUGAGGGCAAGCCCAGAUACCUGCCACAAGCGUAUGAUGUUGCGUAAGAGAGCAGAAGAAGGCGGAGUAACUCUAGAUUAUCUGCAAGGAUUGCACGAGAAGCACGAGAGCUGGCUUUUCCCAUUCCAAAGUGGAAAUCACGGAGUUCUUUCUGUCAGUAAGCUACCAAACGAAGUCGAUUGGUCUUUGCAUCCCAAUAUAAGGGACCGUGUGUUCUAUUUGGAUGGUGAUCAUAUGCACUCUAGUAUCCAAAAGGUUCCUGCAUUGGUUCUUGAUUGUGAACCAGACAUUGAUUUUAGCAGAGACGUAGACGCUAAGCGGGAGUAUGCACGACAGGUGGCAGAGUUCUUUGAAUUUGUGAAGAAAAAGAAGGAAGUUAGUGACUCAAAUGUUGGAGAAGAUGCAUUAAAAAGCAACCCGGUAGUGUUACCAAAUCAUGGAAACUUGUGGAUGCCGGGAACACAACCUUCCCUCAACUCGUUGGAUUUCAAAAAAGCCAUGUCAUUCAUGUCUCAACAGUGAACUAGUGUGUGCUUCUUCUGUCUUGAGAUUUUAUGUAAAAAUAUGUUUAUUAACCGCCACCCAACUUUUAGAGGUAUCAGGAGGAGUUGUAAUUUUUUAUCGAUUGUCUUCAAUGAAAGCUUGCGUUGUUUA